CAGGGUUUGACAGGAGGAAGGGAAAGCGCCAAGAGGAUGGUCAUUUACGCAGGGGUCGAGGGAGGGGGAACCACGUGGAGAGUGGCAAUCGCCGACGGCCACCCUACCAACAUCACAGAGUCCAAGUCCUUCGUGACGGUGCAAGAUUCGAAGGAGCAGCUGAAAGCGAUCAAGGACUGGCUGAGUACCCGAAAGUACGACUGCUUGGGCAUCGGCACGUUCGGGCCCGUCGAUCCCAGAGAGGGGAGCCCGACGUACGGGUACAUCACGUCGACCCCCAAGCCCGGAUGGAACAUGGUGGACGUGGUUGGGUAUCUCUCCGACGGCAGCGUGCCGUGCAAGUUCGACACCGACGUUAACGCCCCGGCCCUCGCUGAGUUCAUGUGGGGGGCCAAGAAAGAAGGCGAGAGCUCUUGCGCGUACAUCACCGUCGGGACCGGCGUGGGCGUCGGUCUCGUCGUGAACGGCCAGGCUGUUCACGGCCUCAUGCACCCGGAGGCCGGGCACCUCUGCCUCAAGCGCAUGCCCGGCGACGACUUCCCCGGGGUGGACUCGGUGUUCGGCGGCGCUUCCGUGGAGGGGCUGGCUUCGACGGUGGCCUUGGCCGCGCGCAAGAACUGCGCUAGGGAGGACCUUCCAGGCGUGCCCGACAGCGACCCCGUCUGGGAGGCAACCGCCCACUCGCUCGCCGGCCUGUGCGCCAGCCUUGUCCUCGUCGUCUCCCCGGAGAGGAUAGUCCUCAGCGGCGGCGUGAUGAACAGGACGUUGCUCUACGACAAGGUGAGGAAGUGGACGAGGGAGCUGCUGAACGGCUACAUCGACCACCCGGCCGUGACGACGGACGCCGUGGACGACUACAUCACCCCUUCCUCCUUCGGGCAAAACGCCGGCAUGGUCGGGAGCCUCACCCUGGCGCACAUCGCCUACGAAGAGGCAGGGGGCAGGGGCGGGGGAGCCGGCUCGCCGACGGCGACCAAGGCGGGCGGGGGAGCGGCGUGUCUCGCGUCGCCCUGCAACGUGAGCGUUGCGUUGGCCGCGGCAGCUGUGGUGGGCUUAGGGGCUCUGGCGAUUGCCAAGGCUUCCAAGAAGUAA